GUUCUUCAACGUCGAGGCAGAGAUGGGCGAACAAUAAUUUGACAUCAACACCGUGCUGCUUGAUGAUACCAUCAACAACUUCAGACUCAUGACCUGCACCAAGUGGCUAAAGGUUGGAUCAAGUGGAAUGACUGUCAUGGAGAUAUCUAUCCCGUCAGGGUUUGAUCCCGAUGUGAUUUCCAUCGGUAACGUCGCUGGUCUCAAGAGAGUUGAGAGACGUGGCAGAAAUGUUGUUGUAUAUUUUGAUGAGAUCGGCACAACGUCCAUCUGUUUCGACCUCCUGUCCACCAGAACCGGCAUGGUGACGAACAACCAGCCCAGCUACGUCACUGUCUACGAUUACUAUCAGCCAAAUAACCAAGGUAUAGCUUUCUAUGAAACCCGCAGUCUAAAAAAGGCCACCAUAUGUGACGUGUGUGACAAGUGUUGUCCCAAGGUGUGAAGAGGGCUCGGACCGAAAGCCAGCAUGUCAUUGUACAAUUGUGUAAAUAAACUAAACAAAACACCCC